GCAAAUCGGCUUGCUCCAGUCGGCGCCCCGUGAGUCAAAGCGCGUGACUGUGACUCCGACGCUGACUGUGGCGGCGUGGGAAAAACAACAACAACAACAAAAAACAAACAAACAGACCGACACCACUGCGAGACUGACCGGGAGAGAGAUUCGGCGGAAGUUUACCGAGCCAAAUUCGUGUCCUCCGGCUGCCGUGUCCGGUAAAGGGUAUCUGUGGACAUCCAGUGCAUCCAGCGCUCGUGGUUUUGCGAACGGCCCCCCUUUCCAGCAUCUGUGUCCUGAGCUCCCCUACCUGGCCACUGAACCCACUUGUCAUUUGGUGUCCCCCUUUGACUGCCAUCAUUGAGCCAGCAGCAGCAGUCAUGGGACGAAAAUUGGACCUAUCUGGACUGACAGACGAUGAGGCAGAGCAUGUGCUCAGAGUGGUACAGCGAGACAUGAAACUCCGCAAGAAAGAGGAAGAACGCCUCAGUGAGCUGAAGCAGGAGUUGGAGGAGGAGGGUGCGCGCUGCCUGCUCCUGGCCGGCCGCCGCUGCUUCAACCAGCAGUGCUGCAUCCGCUGCUGCCGGCCCUUCGGCUUCCUGCGGAACCUGCGCCGGGACUGCCUGGACUGCCGUUACAACGUCUGCGGAGCCUGCUGCACCUACAGCCAGCGCCAAGGAGGCUACGUCUGCACCGUCUGCCAGAAGAGCAGGUUUCUGAGAACCCAGUCUUUGGAAUGGUAUUACAACAACGUCAAGAGUCGCUUUAAGAGGUUUGGCAGUGCAAAAGUCCUCAAGACCCUCUACAAGAAACAUAUAAUCGAGAGGGGAGCCCUCUCAGAGUUACCAGAGGGCAGCGCUCCCGAGGGCAGUAAUGAGAACGAUGGCAGUGCAUGUGGUAGUGACUCCACCCUCUACAGGCAGAGCGAAGGUCACAGCAUGGCGGAUACGCUCACUGUUGCCCUGCGUGUUGCUGAGGAAGCCAUAGAGGAGGCUAUCACUAAAGCAGAGAGCUACAGGGACAGCCUGGAGAAACAGAAUGAGGCCCGCUACCUACGGGAUCACCGAGAGGAGCUCAUAGACGAGCUCGCGACCACCAUCGUCCAAAAAAUCAUUCACAGAGGGAAGCGUUCAGAGAUGCAGGCAGAAUAUGACUUUGUUUGGUCUCAGGCUCAGAACAGUGGACUUCUGUCCCCAAUCUCUGCAUCAAGCAUGCACCUGUCAGCACAGGACACACACGCCACUGCACAGCACAGCAAUCUUGCCCAGGCCUGCCUCAAGAACACCUGGAGGUCCCAAUCUGCCUUUUCCCUGACAAGUGAUGAGUCUCCAGACAAAGCCCCAGAGGCUGAUGAGACAGCCGGAGGGGCAGAGCCAGGGGAGGAGCCACAUAUCCAGCUUUACUCCUCCCUCCGUAGAGAGUCCCGUGCUUCUGUGCCAGGCUGGAAAAGCGUGGACCGCCUGGACAACUCCAACGCCUCGUCUGUGCUGCAGUCCCCGGAUGGCAACUGGAUGGCCCUGCAGACCUCGCAGCAUUCCCGGCCGAGUCUGCUGACCAAGCGCAAGAGCCUGGUGUUCAACGUCCUGGAGAAGGAGUCUGGCGUGGUGUCUGCGUACGAUGAGCUUGGCUCUGACUCCGAGGCUGGCGAGCAGGGCGGCUGGGGCAUGGCCCUGCUGCAGAUUCGUCGCCGCCUCUCCGACGAGACGUAUUACACGGACCCGCAGCACGAGCCAGAGUGGCCAUGCGCCCCGCUGCGCCAGCCCGCCACGUCGCCCUCCUCGGGCCAGUACACCAACACGGAGACCCUCAACUCGGAUUCAGAGGCCUCGGCAGAGCCGCCCGGGCAAGCGUGCGAGCCCACUUGUAACUACCCCCAGGAGGGUAGAAAAGGACCUGCCGAACCUCAUCCACCGUACGCUCCCUAUUUGCCCUACAGACACCCGCCUGCGGUCACGGUCUCGUCCGACACCCUGGACGUGAACUUUAACCCCCGGGUGCGCGGGGAUAGCAGCGAAGGGGAAGAGCAGAGCGAGCAAAUCAGGCGGUUCCGGCGGCGGAGGCGGAGCAAGCGUGAGCUGGAUGAGCACAGCUGUGCACACAGUGCAUUAUACACGACUGCCACAGCGGAGAACAGUGCCCUCUUGCUCAAUGCCAUGAUACUGCGUCGUCAGCAGAGCCAGGAGAUUCACCCCCACUUCAACUAUCAAACUCCAGACACCGUCACCCCACCUUACCUUUUGACCUCUGGCGCCAUGAUGCCUGAACCUGACUACCAGGACACAGCUCUCAACUCUAUGGCCAAUAGUCCUCUGACUCAACACCAAGCUGAGACCAGUAAAAUAGGGCCUAGCAACCAAGGCCUCAAGUUUAGUGCCUCCACUGGAAAUGACACUUUGGACCAGCAGCUGAAGUCCAAACUCUCUGAGCUAGUUGGACAAAUCAGCAGGGAAGAUAUGACCUCAUCAGAGGAUGAGCCAAUCAGAAAAGUUGGCAAAAGGUGGGAUGACGAGGAGAGGGAGAAAGGAAGUGAGCGACCAAGACAGAUGGAGAGGCCAAGCGAUGGUCAGAAAGAGAGUAAGAGUGAAGGAAAGACAGAGAAGAGGAACACAGAGAGCGCCAGCGAGGCGUGGCUGGAGAGAGACCCAAACAACGCAGCACAACAUGUGGAGAGGGAGACAGACAGAACGAGGGCGAGACAGCACGAGCUGUACAGGCAAGUAGAAAGAGACCAAGCGAGAAAUGUCGAGAAGCAGCGAGAAAUCAAGGUGCAGGUCAACAGGGAGAUGGAGAUGCCGAGAGAGAGAGAACGAUGGGUCAAAAGGGAGCAAGCGAGACGAGCGGAGGAGGACGGAGAGGUGGAGAGUACGGGCGGAGGAAGGUCCGGGGCAGCCGAGGGAGCGCUUCAGACGCUGGCGCACGUAAGCGGCCCCGGCGCCAGACCCCACAUGCGCGAGAGGAGAGCAGGCAGCGUAGCAUCCUACGCUGCGCCAACGAGAGAGGAGAGCGAGGAAGAGGACAGCGAAGCAGACGAGCCGACCGGGGCGAGAGCGAGGAGGGCGGUGAUGAGGAGGAGCAAAUCGGAGCGAGGCCCCGAUACAAGGCCGCAGGAGCGUGAGAUGAAGAGGACGAGGUCGGCAGUCACGUUGGCAGACAGCGCCCCCUGCAGGCUGGAGGAACAAACGCCCCCGACUGAGUUGGCUGCUACCGACCGUGCUCUUCAGGAGAAGGUUCAGUUGCUCUCCCCUUUCAUGCACCAGAAGUAUUCGGCCGCUUCUUUGUGCAGUAUCACCACAGAGGUUCUGAAGGUCCUGAACGCUACAGAGGAACUUAUCGGGGAAGCAGAGGGUAAAGUUCAAAACCUCUCUGAGUCCCCAGCUGGCACACCCCUUUCCUCUGGCCCAGACAGUAAGAAACUGGACCAGCAUCUCACCAAGAUGGAGGAAAACGUGUACCUGGCUGCAGGAGCAGUGUAUGGCCUAGAGGGGGCGCUAAGUGAGCUGGAGGACUGUGCUCGCAACAUCAGCAGCUGCACCACUGAAACAGAACUUGCUUUUUUGGAGGACCAGGUGGCCACCGCCGCUGCUCAGGUGCAACAGUCAGAGCUACAGAUCUCAGACAUCGAGGCAAGGAUAUCGGCACUUAAAAACGCCGGCCUGAAUGUGUCUACAUGCUCACGAUUUUCCAAGUUCAAGCCCAAACCUAAGCCUCAGACCCUAGACUAUUCACGCCAGCUGAGGCGGAAGCUGCCUGCUCCACCUGCCACAGAAAAAGAAAGCAAUCCCAAAUUGUAGGGGAGAUCUCUGCAGCCGUGAUGACAAUGAUGGUGACGGCAGCGAUGCACCCCAACGUCCUCCCCCAGCCGCCGAAUGCCCCUCCUCCUCCAGCUCUGCGUCUCGACUCGCUCUGACCAAAAGGACCACCGGGCUCUUCCACACCUGUGCCUUGAUCUCACACUUUGGUCCUUGGCCUCACCACUACCAUGAUCGGUCAUCUUCAACCCCACCCAACACUCACCCUCGCCCCCUGCCCCCUGGCUUGAACUCUUCCUCUCCAGUGAAGACAUUUCUCCUGAGUCCACAAAUGGAACUGAACCCUGCACCUCCGCUAUGCUACAGCUCCCCCUGAGACCUGUUAUUCUCUCUCUGCCUUAAAGGAGUCUAUACUCCUCUACGAACCAUCACAGAGGUUAUAUUUACAGAAUGUCAAUAUAAUCAGAGUUACUGACAUAGAAUCGCUGUAUGUAACUGUGGACACGGAACAAACAUUACCGUUUGCAGGCUCUUUUUUUCUUACUGUUUGCUAGAACGUUCUAGGAGUUCUGUGUGUUGGUAACAUGUCCCAAAAAAUUGUGUAUGAUCUGUGUUCCCAAAAUAGGCUGAACCAUAUCUGGUAAGAGUGUUGUACGUUAAAAUGUUAUGAAGAAACUAAAGAAAAAGUUAUCGCCACAGGACCUGUUUGA